GCGGCCCGGGAGGAUGGAGCCGGAGCCCCCGCUGCUGCCGCCGCUGCUGCAGGAGGCCCGGGAGAGCAUCGAGGCGGCGCAGAGCUACGGGCGAGAGCUGGGGCAGCGGCUGCGAGGCCUGCACGAGGCGCGGAGCCAGAUCAAGGAGAGUGCCUCUCAGACCAGAGUGGCCCUGAAGCAGCAUUUCGGUGACCUGAAGGGGACCCUCCAGAAGCUCCUGGACGAGCGCCUGGGCUCCCUGUUGCACCAGGUGGACACCAUUGAGCUGGACAAUAUCAAGCCCCUGGACGAGUGUCAGAAGCUCAUCGAGCACGGAGUCAGCACGGCUGAAGAGCUGGUCCGAGAAGGUGAGAUUGCCGUUCUUGGGGGCGUGGGAGAAAAGAAUGAAAAGCUGUGGAGCUUUACCCAAAAGGCCUCCCACAUUCAGCUGGACAGCUUACCCGAAGUGCCUUUACUGGUCGACGUGCCUUGUUUAUCCGCGCAACUGGACGACUCCAUCCUUACCCUGGUGAAAGAUCAAAUUCUAAAGCAUGGGACGGUGGCAUCUCGGCCGCCGGUUCAGAUCGAGGAACUCCUGGAGAAGCCCGGCGGGAUCAUCGUCCGGUGGUGUAAGGUCGACGACGAGUUCACAGCCCAAGACUACAGGCUCCAGUUUCGCAAAAGUACCUCAAAUCACUUUGAGGACGUGUACGUCGGCUCGGAGACGGAGUUCAUCGUGUUGCACAUCGACCCCAACGUGGAUUACCAGUUCCGCGUCUGCGCCCGAGGGGACGGCCGGCAGGAGUGGAGUCCCUGGAGCGUCCCCCAGAUUGGCCACUCCACCCUGGUGCCCCACGAGUGGACGGCCGGCUUUGAGGGCUACAGCCUGAGCAGUCGCCGGAACAUGGCGCUCCGCAACGACUCACAGGCGUCGGGGGUUCUCUACUCUAGUGCACCCACCUACUUCUGGGGACAGACGCUGACCUUCAGAGUGGAAACCGUGGGCCAGCCAGACCGGCGAGACAGCAUUGGCGUCUGUGUAGAACAGCAGAAUGGACACGACUCCCUGCAGCGCGACCAAGCAGUGUGCGUGGGUACCAACGGGGCGGUUUUUGUGAAUGGCAAAGAGAUGACCAACCAGUUACCCGCUGUGACCUGUGGAACUACUGUCACAUUUGACAUGGAAGUGGUGACCUUGGGCCUUCCCAGUAAUGAUGGUGGUAACUUUAAGUUGCGAGUAACUAUUAGUUCCAACAACAGGGAAGUGGUUUUUGAUUGGUUACUUGAUCAGUCCUGUGACUCCCUCUACUUUGGAUGCUCCUUCUCCUACCCAGGGUGGAAAGUGUUAGUGUUUUAGCCUUCAGGUCGAAGAGCAUUCAGCUGCCGGAUUUAAAAUAAUAUCCAUGGCAGCCCAGUUUAGCAUAGCCUCAAGUUGGACUCCUCUCUCAAGCAGUUUGAAAAUAGUGCGCUUCACACAUUCUGGAUUUAUUUUUAAAUAGUUUGGUGGUUAAGUAUUGUGUUUUGUGGAGGAAGAUAUUAUAUGCAGUUAUUUUCAGAACUUGGAAUGCUGCAUCACAAUUUAAAUCGAUUACAAAAGAAGCCUCAGACCCUCUCACUGUGUUCAACUUUUUUUUAAGUUA